AUGAUUUAUUUAAACGUCUUGAUAGAACAAGAAGAUUUUUUAAAUGAAUUUAAUUAUUUGGAAACAAUUCGGGAUAUAAAUCGUCAAUAUGAUGAAAUUGUUUUAACAAAUUCUAUAAUUGAUGAAAGAAUUUUUUUAGAAAAUAAAUUUCAAUUAAAUGACUUAUGUAAUUCAUUAAAUGAAAAUCGAUAUUCAAAAUCUUCUCAAAAUCUAACACCAUUGACAGCAAAUCAACAUAUUACAUCGAAUGAUCAUCAAUCACUCUGUUUUAAGCAAUAUUUAACAUCCAUAUCUGAAGCUAAUCAGUUAAUUAAAUUAUUAUAUUCAAUUGUUCAACAACAACAGCAAACAAAACCAACAAAUACUCUUAUUUCAAUUACUGGACAACAAACUUUUUUAGAUUAA